ACUUUCAGUUCAACUUUCUCUCCAGUGACCUCUUGACCUCCGAUCUGCUGGAUGAAAGACGGGAAAUGUGAUCUAUCACUCCUCCAUGAAGCUGCAGCUUUUCCUGCAUGUGCGUGCAGAGAGGAGGUGCUUCCAGACUCCUCCUCCUCCUCCUCCUCUCGCUCCCUCGGCGCUCCAGAAUCUGAACCGGAGCAGUUUUCCCUGUUGCUCUUCUACCUCCCUGUUCUCCUGCAGCGGCUCCAGAUCCGUAGAUUCCCUCAGCAGGAUGAGCAGCAACCCGCUGGCCGACAGGAUGCAGGCCCGGCUGGAGAAGGCGAAGGCCAUGAGGGACGAGGACAAGCUGUACAGGCACAACGGGGUGCUGUACCCCACCCUCAUGUGUCCAGAGGAACAUUUAAAGUGUCUGGACGGCUUGGAGGCCAGAGACGACGACAUCAUGCUGGUGGCUUAUCCUAAAUGUGGAUUUAACUGGAUGGUUGGAGUCAUGAAGAAGAUCAUUGCAGAGGCCACCCAGAUGAAGAAUGAGUCCAGGAUGCCACCGCUGAUCGAGUUCUUUGGACCAGAAGUCCUGAAGGCUGCGGUUGAAGCUCCGUCUCCCAGGUUCCUGGGAACUCACCUUCAUCCAGACAUCAUGCCGUCCUCCUUCAGCGAGAAGAAAACUAAGACGGUGGUGGUGUUCAGGAACCCAAAGGACACCUUGGUCUCCUACUAUCAUUUCUGCAACAACAACCCGGUUCUGCCGUCUGUGCAGUGGGAUUCCUUCUUCUCCCAGUUCAUGAAAGGAGACGUUGGCUGGGGCUCGUACUUUGACCACGCCUUGGCCUGGAACCAGAGGAUGGACGACCCCAACGUCCUGGUGGUGACCUUUGAGGACCUGAAGCAGGACCUCAGCACAGGGAUCCAGCAGAUCUGCAGCUUCAUCGGCUUCAGCCUGACGGAGGCUCAGGUGCAGCAGGUGGCAGCAGCCAGCACCUUUAACGCCAUGAAGGAGAGUUCAGCCAAUUCCCACGGCAACAUGGGAAACGUCAUCUUCAGGAAAGGUGAGGUUGGAGACUGGAGGAACCAUUUCAGUCCAGAACAGAGCCGAGAAAUGGACGAAGUUUUCAACAAGCAGCUGGCAGGAACGAAGCUGGGGGCAAAGCUGGACUACCAGCGACACUGUCAGUAGGAAAGAGAAGGAGGAGAGAGAGGAUGGAGGAGAGAGAGAGGAUGGAGGAGAGAGAGAGGAUGGAGGAGAGAGAGAGGAUGGA